UGUUAUUAUUUUAUCUGGUAAUCUCGUUGAAAGCAAAAUGGUUGUAUCUUAUUGUGUGAUCGAUUGCACAAGCAGAUUCGACAAGGAUAACCCAAGGAGCUUUUUUCGCAUCCCAAAGAAACCAGAACCCCGAAGAAAGCUUUGGAUUACAGCCAUAAAGCGCGUGUCUAUCGUCGGACGUCAACAAUGGGAACCUACAGAUUACGAUCGCGUUUGUUAUCGUCACUUCAUAACAGGAGAGAAGAGCAAUGACAAGAAUAACCCUGACUACAUUCCCUCUGUGAACAUGGGCUACAAGGACACUAAACCAAGUGGGGAUCUGCGCCAUGCUAGACACUGUCGAUUGGAGGGCAGAGAAUCCGAAAAAGGCAAGAAACAAGCAGCUUCUGCAUUACUGGAUUUGUCAAACACAGAAAAUAUAUUUGAGACACAAGCUGAAGAAUUGCAGCCACAUGUCGACAUACACAGUGGCUGUAUUAAAAAAAUUGCUGCCCUGCGAAUAGAAAACCAGCAGCUAUAUGAAGAGUUAGGGAGACUUCAAACAGAGAAUGCGAUUUUAAAACAGAAUGAAAGUCGACUGAGUUUUGAGGAGCAGAUGACAUCCAGUGAUCAAAGAAUUCAGUUUUAUACAGGUCUACAGUCAAAAGCUCUAUUUGUAUGGCUGCUGUCAUUUUGCUUCCUGGCACUUCCAGCGUGCAAAGUUCUAAGCCCAACAUGUGUAAUGAUGUGUAUAAUAAUGAAACUUAGGUUGAAUCUCCAGCACCAGGACUUGGCGAAUAGGUUCAGUGUGUCUGUGACCACAAUAUCCGACAUUCUUAACCAGGGACUGCCAAAAUUAGCAGAAAAACUUUCAAAAACGUGAAAUAUGUCAGUGAUUGUUGUCGGAAUUACCUGAAAAUAAAUGACCCACAAAGACAUGAGGAAUACAUUGUAAAUCCAAUAUCAAAGAAAAAAACAAUACUAUAUUUUAACCAAAUACUACAAUAUACCGUAACAACAUAGUUUGUAAAAUGCCUGGGGCCUACCAGAUAUAUGACCCAGCAAACACUAAUGUAAAGGUUGUAAGCCCAGUGGGCUAUCAUAUGCUAUAGGUCAUGGUAAAAGAGUGCUCUGAAUUUGAAUAUCUUUAAAAUUUAGAUUAGCAUAACAUGUUGCUAGGCUAUAACAUUUCAGAUACAUUGCAGCCCUCGGGCAUUUCAGAUACAUUGCAGCCCAUCUCAAUCUUAAACAAGAGUGCUCCAACAUGGCUUCACACUUCACCUAAGCUAAAAUACAAUAAGAAAAUAUAUGUAAAACCUUGUUUGUUCGCAUACUAAUAACACUUUCGAUAUAUGUAUAUGCUACAUAAUAAUGUAUACCUAUUAUUAUAUCAGUUUAUAUGGAACAAAAUUUUCAAAGAGGAAAGAUACAAAUGAUAUUUAUUUUUAAAAAAGCAAGACACUCAUUUUAUCCAUUUAGGAAUGAAAGUUUAACAAAAGAAUAAAUGAACUUUUACUAUAAUUUAAAAAAAUACCAUAAUACAAUGUUGACAAUAAAUGUACUACAUGUAAUAUUAAGUGAUUUAUGUAUACAAUAUCAUUGCUGUAAAUAUCUUUUGUGGUCUAUAGUGUUGUGUAACCCUGUUAAUUUUGUUAAUAAAAUAUUCAGAACACA